UUUAGGAUCGUCAGUAUUGAAGACAGCAUGCCGACGAGAAAUAGGACAACAUCAUGGACCAUUGCGCUUGCCACAGUUUUGGUCUUGCUGGCGCUCAGCUUCAUUGCAAGCAGCAUUCUCGAGAGCCGUCUGGCAACUUUAUAUACGCCUCAACAUCACCAGAUGCAGAUGAGGAUUCCAGGUGAGGCCGAACAAGAAAACAGACAGGCAACAGAAGAUGCAAGAAAUACGUGCAGCCGGCCACGACAGAAAUAUGUCUUCAUUGCGCCGCACAAAGUCGGGGCCUCCACUACCUGCACGAUUUUCCAAAGAUACGCCAUCAGCCGCAAGCUUCCCAUGAUGAUUCCAACCGAGGGGGUCGUCCUGUCCUGGGGCGUCUCUCCCACUGAAGAAGAGUACAUCCACACCCCUGACGAACAGUAUGACGCCCUGAUGAACCACCUGACGUACAAUAAAACCUGGCUACGGUCCAAGUUCCCAGCCAACACAGCCUACAUCUGUAAGAAGUUUGCUGUAUACUAG